AUGACAACCAACAACUCCAAUAUAGCGCUUCUGAUCGACGGAGACAAUGUCUCUCCCAAAAUCAUCACUGGCCUCAUGGCUGAAAUCGCCAACUACGGCACUGCCAGCGUGAGACGGAUUUAUGGCGACUGGACCAGUCCUUCCUUGAAGAGCUGGAAAGGUUGCCUGCUGAAUAACUCGAUAACGCCAAUGCAACAAUUUGCGUAUACAAGCGGAAAGAACUCUACUGACGGCGCUAUGAUAAUCGACGCUAUGGACCUCCUAUAUACGGGCCGCUUCUCUGCCUUCUGUAUCGUUUCAAGCGACAGCGACUUCACGCGCCUUGCAGCCCGCAUCCGCGAGCAGGGCGUGACGGUCUAUGGCUUUGGAGAGCGCAAGACCAAUACUGCCUUUAUUGCUGCCUGCCACGAAUUUAUGUACUUUGAUGCCCUCAACGUCGAGCUCGAGGAGUCGCUUGCUGCACCUAAAUCACCUCGGGAAGCCAUGGCUCCGGUUCUUGUUCGUACACAGCAAACUACGAGACCUCUAGAUCAGGCGGCACUCAAGGGGUUGGCAUUGGCGGUGACCAAUGCACCAAUCUACACCGACAAUUGGGUCAACCUAGCGACGUCGGCAGCUAUCUGA